CCGGCGUCGCCUUUUCCAUGGGAGUGGAGAGAGGGAGGAGGAGCGCGAGCUGCGCAGGCGUCUCUCGCACCUUGUUGAUUAGUCAGUCCGCGCUGGGAUGGCGUUUCGUGGGCCAGCUGGAGCUGCGAGCAGAAGAGCCAGGAGCAGCAGCAGCCGCCUUUGCAGCCCACGCCGACGCCGCUCCUGGGGAGUUGGCCGAGCAGCAGUUGGUGACGAGUCACCUUGCCUUUAGGCGAAGCCCACCAUGGCCCGGGGAGGCGGCAGCAACCAGAGCAGAGGCUGAAGAAGGCGCGCUCCGUUCGGGCAGCCCCGCAAGGGACCGCCAAGCCGUCGCUACAGCUGGGCUCCCACUCCCCAAACCCGGAGAAGGGCGGGAAGAUGGAUGCGGGCCCCUCGCCGGGCUCUAGUCUCAAGGAUGUGAAGUGGAGCUCCGUGUCCGUCCCGUUGGACCUGCUGGUCAGCACUUACCGCUUGCCCCAGGUCGUCAGGCUGGACGGCGGAGAAUCUAUAGAAGGUCUUAGAGAGAGUGACUGCCUUUUGAUUCAUUCAUGCCGGCAAUGGACAACAAUUACAGCUCAUAGUCUGGAGGAGGGUCAUUACGUCAUAGGGCCGAAGAUAGAAAUCCCUGUGCAUUAUGCUGGGCAGUUUAAGCUGCUGGAACAAGACCGGGAUAUUAAGGAGCCAGUGCAGUAUUUUAACAGUGUGGAGGAUGUGGCUAAAGCAUUUCCUGAACGAGUUUACGUCAUGGAGGAAAUAACAUUCAACGUUAAGGUGGCUUCAGGUGAAUGCAAUGAAGACACUGAAGUUUACAACAUCACUCUUUGCACUGGGGAUGAACUAACAUUAAUGGGACAAGCAGAAAUCCUGUAUGCAAAAUCUUCCAAGGAAAAGUCCCGGCUCAACACCAUCUUCAAGAAAAUUGGAAAGCUUAAUUCCAUCAGUAAAUUAGGCAAAGGCAAAAUGCCAUGCCUGAUUUGCAUGAACCACAGGACCAAUGAAAGUAUUAGCCUUCCUUUCCAGUGCAAGGGCCGAUUCAGUACACGCAGCCCUUUAGAGCUACAGAUGCAAGAAGGUGAACAUACAAUUCGCAAUAUUGUAGAAAAAACACGAUUGCCUGUGAACGUGACUGUGCCAAGUCCUCCCCCAAGAAAUCCUUACGACUUGCAUUUUGUCCGCGAGGGGCACCGGUACAAGUUUGUUAACAUUCAGACCAAGACUGUGGUGGUUUGUUGUGCUCUGCACAGUAACAAAAUUAUUCCAAUGCACUUCUCUUUACAUUUGACUCUUCCAAAGUUUACCCUCCCAGAAAGCCUUGUAAAAGGGGAGAUGUGGCAUGAAGCAUUUGUUAAACACUGGUUCAGUCUCUGUCAAGAGCAAUUUGAUAUAGAUGAAUAUUCUCGUGCUGUACGAGAUGUGAAAGUUGACUGGAAUGAAGACUGCAAAAGCCCCCAGAAAAGUCGGUCAACUGGGCACAAUCAUGUGCCGAACUCUCUUAGUUACGCUCGAGAUGAAUUGACACAAUCCUUCCAUCGCCUCUCCGUGUGCGUCUAUGGAAACAACCUGCAUGGAAACAGUGAGGUGAACCUUCAUGGUUGCAGGGACUUGUGUAACGAGUGGGCUCUGUUUUCUCAUGAUACUCUACAGUACCAAGACUCUGGUGGUGGUAGCACUGACUAUCUUUUUCCUGAAGUUAGUGAAGAAUCAUUGUGUUUACCUGCCAAAUCUGAACUUCCUUAUGAAGAACUAUGGCUGGACCAAGGGGGUGGGAAAAUGAGUGAUCAGACUCUUACUCGCUCACAAAGUGAAAAGAACAAAUGUGACAACUAUAGAAGUUCUUUCCGGUCCAAGUGUGCUACUUCAUCUCUUCCAGCUCCCGGAUCUUUAACAAUAACAUCAAAGUCUUCAGAUGGUUCCCUACCUCCACCACCGGUGCCUCCUAAAUCUGAAGCAGUGAGAGAGGAAUGCAGGCUCCUAAAUGCUCCACCUGUCCCACCACGGAAUGCAAAACCCACAUCCACCAGUCCCUCUGUUCCUCCUCGGACGAGCAAACCAGCACGGCAACAGACCCGUUCUCCUAGUCCAACUCUCUCGUACUAUUCUUCAGGGCUGCACAACAUCAAUGCUGCAGAAGAAGCUGAAAAUCCCACCGAGAGCACUCCUGUUACUUGCUAUCCAUGUGGCACAGUGAAAGCUGACCUGAAAGAGCUUAGCAACAAAUUGCCUUUUGUAAGCCCCUCUACUGAUGCUCUGUCCUCUAGACUGUCAUGGCCAAAUCAUUUUUCUGGAGCUGCCGAAGGCCUUAAUAGGAGUGAGUUUCUUUUGGAUCCAAGCAGGAGUUACAGUUAUCCAAGGCAGAAAACUCCUGGCACACCAAAACAAAACUGUCCAGCACCUUUUACAUUUGACUUUGACAGGUGUGAACUUCCUGUAGAGGACACACUACCAGCCACAGCAGAGCUUGAGUGUGUUGUGCCCAGUUGCCCAAAGUCAGCAAGUUACUCUCUCGAGUGUACUGAUGAGAAAAACCUAGCAGUAAGUAGCACUCUGCAGUCUCUCUCAUGCCCUGCCUUACCUCCUCGUGCACCAAAAAUUGCAGAUGAAAAGCCAGGCCUUGACCUGUGUCCACUGCCUCUCAAAAUAGAUGGUGCUGAGGAGGAGCCUCAGUCAGGUUCACCAGACCUUUCUGAAGAUCAGUACCACGGUAAAAAGGGCAUGCAGGACAUCUUUGCAAUUUCUUAUCCUUUCUCAUCUCCCCUUCAUCUCCAGCUAGCACCAAGAUCUUGUGGUGAUGGCUCUCCUUGGCAGCCACCUGUAGAUCUGUCCGGACUCUCAAUAGAGGAAGUUUCUAAAUCCCUGAGAUUUAUAGGCUUAUCAGAGGACGUCAUAUCAUUUUUUGUUACUGAGAAGAUUGAUGGCAACUUGCUUGUUCAGCUCAAUGAAGAGAUCCUUUCGGAAGACUUCAAACUAAGUAAACUACAGGUUAAGAAAAUAUUGCAGUUCAUUAAUGGCUGGAGACCUAAAAUGUAAUGUUAACCUGUUCACAAAACACGAGAGGUGUGCUAGAAGCACUGAGGCUAACACACAAAGCUCUCUUUUUUCUUUUCUUUUUUGCACUAAAAUCUCUCUCUCUCUCUCUCUCUCUCUCUCUCUCUCUCUCUCUCUCUCUCUCUCUCUCUCUCUCUCUCUCUCUCUCUCUCAAAUAGUAGCAGAGAGAGAAAAAAAUCUUACUAUGCAGAUAGUUUGAGUGGUGUGUAGACCCUUUUGUACAUAGUAGAAACCUAAAGGUGUGCCUUGUGCAUCCCUGAACAUUCAGCAGCUGCUAAACAGUGAACGUUAAAGGGAAUUUAAUUUGUCUGUUACGGCAUCAUAUUUAUUAUUAUUAUUGAUUAGGCAAUGCUGAGAAGCACAUAAAUCAGUUCAGUUUUGUGUGUUUACCAAUAAAUGUAUUUCCUCUUGAA